AUGGAUGAAUUUCAUGGUGAUAGUCUUGUUCUGUGCGACGUAUUAAGUAGACUUGAUGUUGGAUCACUAAUGAGAUUUAAGUCCGUAUCAAAACCUUGGAGAUCAUUAAUGGAAAAAAAUACUCACCUAAUUAAUCUACACCUUACACAGUUAGAAAAACGUCGAUGUGGUGACAUGGACACUGCCCUCAUUAUUUCUCAAUUUCAUGAUGUUCAUCGUAAUGCUUUAUCUGAAGAAACCGCUCAUCCUAUUGCUGAAUGCGAAGAAACUGAAUCAAGUUGGUACCGCGCUGGGUUUUUGUUGCCUACUCGUCGGAGUGGAUCAGAGGAAGUGGUUGCUUGUGAUCCUUAUUUAUCAUAUUUCCCGGUGGAAGAAACAGUGUUGGAACCAGUAUAUGGUUUAAUACGUUGUGCUAAUUAUGGUGGUGUUCUCAUCAGAAAUCCGAUAACCGGAGAAACGACAUCCUGGAUCUAUACAAGGACACAUGAAGCAGUUAUGUCGUGCGGGGAGGAGCAAGGGACGGAACUUGAAGAUAAACCAGAGGAAGAAGCUAAGGAAAAACUUAUUUCAGUUGACUUUAUGUUUGCAUUCGGAUACGACCCAAUUACUAAGCAACACAGUUUUAUGUUUGGCUGUGAGGUCAUGACAGUAGGUGAGAAUACAUGGAGAACAAUCGACGAAUUCCCACCGAGCAUAGCAAUCAGUCAAUCUAGAAAAUCUGUUUAUAUGAAUGGUUCCAUAUAUUGGAUGUGUGAUGAUGAGGUGUGCCUGCCAUCCGAAAACAAACUAAUUAUGGUAUUUAAUGUCGGUAGAGAGACUUUUAGAGAGAUUUUAAUCCCUUGCUACGUACAUGAAAACCUUGGACAUACGAUGGUAUUAGGAGAAGUUGAUGGGAAAAUAGCAAUAGCUGCUUGUCAACGAUACAGAGGAUAUUAUGAUAAUAUCAGGUUUUGGAUAUAUGAGAAUGUCAGUGAUCAGGAGCAACUGCUUGGGAUGACCGCAAACAUCAAUUCUACUGGUACUGGUACUAGUUAUAAUGUCAUUGGUGGUAAUGGAUAA